AUGUCGUACAGAGUGCAAAAAGUUGACGAUGAGUUUGUGAGUAACAAGAAUAAGAAAGAUAAAGCUGGAGUGAAAUAUCCGAAGAAGUUCUCUAAGAAAGUAAGCAUGGCAAAAGUUAACUUUUCAGUGGUAGAGAAGUGGAUAGGCGACACUUUAAACGAACAAUUACCUGAUGAUGACGUGGUAAUCGACUAUGUGAGCGAAUUGUUGCAAGCUGAAGAUCAGCCCGACAUCAAGAUGAUUCAUUUGCAAAUGCAGGACUUUUUAGGUAAAGAACAGGCCAUGAAUUUCUGUGAAACGUUGUGGGACAUGUUGAUGAGUGCACAGGAUGAUCCUGAUGGUAUACCGGCGCAGCUUCUAGAACAAAGACGGAAGGAGUACGAAGAAGGCCAAGAUCGUGAUAGGGUAGAAAAACCAAAAACUAAUUAUAAUAGAAGUGGUGCAGGGAAAAGUGGUAUUAUUCAAACAAAUCUGAAUAAAGAUCGAGGACGCAGUUAUGGGAAUUAUGAACAAAAUAGAAGAGAUUCACACAGGAAUACACGAGAUGAUAGAGAUAGGGAUCCUAAAGAUAUAAGGACUUCGAAGAGCACCAGAUAUAGAGAUGACAGGAAGGAACGAUCGUACAAACUGACUGAUUACCAGGAAUACGAUUCCAAAAAAAGAUAG